AUGCACGGUGGCGACCUACCCACGUACCUCACCCGUUUCCAAUGGGACAUGGCCAAGUAUCCUAUUAAGCAGAGCCUUCGCAACAUCGCUGACAUAAUCAGUAAACAGGUGGGUCAGAUCGACGCCGAUCUGAAGGUCAAAUCGUCCGCCUACAACGCCCUCAAAGGCAACCUCCAGAACCUGGAGAAGAAACAGACUGGCAGCCUGUUGACCCGCAACUUGGCUGAUCUGGUGAAGAAGGAGCACUUCAUCCUGGACAGCGAAUACCUGACCACCCUACUUGUCAUCGUGCCCAAGUCGAUGUUCAACGAGUGGAACGCCAACUACGAGAAGAUCACGAACAUGAUCGUGCCCCGCUCCACCCAGCUCAUCCACCAGGACAACGACUACGGUCUCUUCACCGUCACCCUCUUCAAGAAGGUGGUGGAGGAGUUCAAGCUGCACGCGCGCGAGCGCAAGUUCAUCGUGCGCGAGUUCUCGUACAACGAGGCGGACCUCGCCGCGGGCAAGAACGAGAUCACCAAGCUCGUCACCGACAAGAAGAAGCAGUUCGGUCCACUGGUCCGAUGGCUGAAGGUCAACUUCUCCGAGUGCUUCUGCGCUUGGAUCCACGUGAAGGCGCUGCGAGUUUUCGUAGAGUCGGUGCUGAGAUACGGGCUGCCGGUGAACUUCCAGGCGGCGGUGGUGGUGCCGGCGCGCAAGGGCGGCAAGAAGCUGCGCGACGUGCUGCAGCAGCUCUACGCGCACCUCGACCACUCGGCGCACCAGCACUCGCAGGCGGCGGAGAACGUGGAAUUGGCCGGUCUCGGGCCAUCUAGGCCCAGCCUCCCCUAUAGG